UGUACUUUUCCUUCUAUGACAAGUCAAGAUGUCUGUUGUCAAAAAAGCAGUUUGAUCAAUAAUAAGGGCCCUGGUCAUGAGGUCUGGGCGCUGCGGUGCUGCAGCGCCACCCGGUGGUCAGGCCCGGGAACAGCCUCUGCUCGGUGUGCUGUAGCACAGUUGAAGAUGGCGACCGGAGUCCUUCAGAGAGUCAGCGGAGGCUUGGGUCGGGCUGAAGGCAGGGCCCGCUCGGUCGGACAGCUCGUCCUCUGGAGCAGGGGUUUUGCGACAUCAAGCAGCAGAAACAGAGAGGACAGCUGGUUUAAAUCACUGUUUGUGAGGAAGGUUGAUCCAAGGAAAGAUGCACACUCCAACCUACUGACCAAAAACGAGGAAAGUAACCUCUACAAAAUUCAGUUCCAUAAUGUGAAGCCAGAGUGCCUGGAUGCAUACAACAAACUCUGCGAGGAUGUUUUGCCUUCCAUCCAUGCUGAUAAGUACUACCCCUGUGAGCUGGUGGGAACCUGGAAUACCUGGUAUGGAGAACAAGACCAGGCUGUUCAUCUGUGGCGUUACAGAGGUGGAUACCCGGCUCUAACGGAGGUGAUGAACAAGCUCAGACAGAACAAGGACUUCACGGCUUAUAGGCAGGAACGGGGUAAGAUGCUGUUGUCUCGCAGGAACCAGCUUCUUUUGGAGUUCAGCUUCUGGAACGAGCCUGUCCCCCGAGAGGGCCCCAAUAUCUAUGAGCUCAGGUCCUACCAGCUCAGGCCAGGAACCAUGAUCGAGUGGGGUAAUUACUGGGCCCGGGCCAUUGGAUACCGCCAGCACAACAGAGAAGCUGUGGGAGGGUUUUUCUCACAGAUAGGCAACCUCUACAUGGUUCAUCACCUCUGGGCUUACAAAGACCUUCAGUCCAGGGAAGACACGAGGAAUGCUGCCUGGCAGCAGGAGGGCUGGCACGAGGUGGUGUAUUACACAGUUCCUCUCAUCCAGCAUAUGGAUUCCAGGAUUAUGAUCCCAACAAAGGCUUCCCCGCUGCAGUGAAAUGAGAAAUGAGCUGGAAGCUGAAAUGAAGUGGCACCCUAUCGAAUGUUAACAUCCAUCCAGAGCAUCACUAUCAUGUUUUCGACCUUUUGUCAGUGCUGCCAGACAACAACUCUUCUCUUUUCUUGUCUUUGCUUCAAAACUUCAAGAUGUCACUAGGUCAGGGGAGACAACAAUGCUUACCAUGUAUGUGGAAUUAAAAUGGUCCAAGCCACUUCCAGCACUUGACGACGCACAACUUCUUUUUUUCUGGUUCUGGAACAGGAUGAGUAAAUUUGGCCAAUUUAAAUGUCCUGAUGGUUGUACGUCUAGAGCUACAUUAAAGCUGGACCAGGAAGAGAGCCCAUCUCUAAGUUUAGAAUCAACCAAAGUUACUUGAAAAGCAGCUGUAUGGUGUGUAAGUGUGAGAACAGAUAGAAAAAAAAUAGUACUGCUGAAGCUCACUGCACAAUGUAGUGGCUACUUAUUUAUUUAAUGUAAAUUUGGAAUACUUAUAUUAUCUAAGUGUGCUGAGGAGUUGGUAUUUAGAUGUAAGCCAUGCCAUUGCUGAGUGAAGUGAGAGAAAGCCUCUGUAUACUUAUGAAAACUGUAUUUCUGUUGCAAAUCAUGAUGAAGACGAUACAGUAUGACAUGGUGUAAAAUUAAACCUCAGAAUUUUAUAAUCAAGGUCUAUUAUACAUCAAACAUGACCUUUUUUGCAAACUAUUCCUUUCAGUUGCUUUGUCUGGAUGUUCCUAAGUUCCCUGUCAUGGUAAUAUUGAUGUUUCAUGGUGCUGUGUUUGUAACUAUGGCUUCUACUUUUUUCUUGUGAAGAUGGCAUGCCUGAUUUUAAAAACUGUUUUUAUCUAACAUGUUUUAAUAGGGCAUAACUAUCAUGUAUGAUAAACUCUGAAAAUAAGUGUUACCUAUCAUUGGCUGAGAGGCCAGUCAUGUUGCUGCAUACUGUAAUAUCAGAUUUUAUUGUGAAAGGAAGCAUGUUUAUCUUGUCUUUUCAUUCAUUGGUUCAUAGGGAACAGCGUAGAGUGAAGGACAGCAACGCCAACACAGAUUAAAGUAGACAAACAACA